GGACUAGUCUUAAGGAUAACUGUCGAAGUUGGAUUUAUUUUCUUGUGGACAACAUCUAUUGUUUCGGAAGCAACCGGGGGAUUACUUUUUUGUCACAUAAAAGCGUUUAACACGUCCAUACUCUUGUAUGUGAGUCGACCUGCAGCAUGGGGAUAGUGUUAUUAUUGGCUGUUUUGGGCGCGGCGACAGUCAGUUUGGUGACCGCUGACUGCCCGGUGGUGUGUGAGUGCCCCGCCGUGCCCUCGUCCUGCCCCCCAGGCAUCAGUUCUGUCCCCGACGGCUGCGGCUGCUGCAAGGUGUGUGCCGCCCAGCUGAACCAAGACUGCCACGAGGGCCGGCCCUGCGACCACCAUAAAGGGCUGGAGUGCAACUAUGGCAAUGAUGUGGGCCGCACCCAUGGCAUCUGCAGAGCGAAGGCGGAGGGCCGGUCCUGCGAGUACAGCGGCCGGAUGUACCAGAACGGAGAGAACUUCCGCGCCGGCUGCAAGCACCAGUGCACCUGCAUCGACGGGGCCGUGGGGUGCGUGUCCUUGUGCCCCAGCCACUUCCCCCUGGCCUCCCCGUCCUGUCCCGCCCCGCACCUGGUGAAGGUGCCGGGCCAUUGCUGCCUCAGCGUCGAGUGCCAUAAGGAAACCAACGCCGUGACCCCGGCACACGAACACCUCCCGCUGCCCGCUUACCCACCACACCCGGUCCUGCCCUACCCAGCUUAUCCGUACCCCAAGCCUUACCCCAAACUCUACCGGAAGCUGUACCCGUACAAACCUAAAAAGGAGAAAGGCACCCUGGGUAAUGAACUGAUGGAGGUGGGGCGCAAGUGGGAGAAGCUGCGUGGAAACAAGCACCUGACCGCCUGGAGUCCCGCGAGAGACCAGUGCGAGGUCCAGACCACCUCCUGGGCCCAGUGUUCCCGGAGCUGUGGCAUGGGCGUGUCCUCUCGUGUUACCAAUGACAAUGCCCGCUGUAAACUGAUCAAGGAGACACGCCUGUGCAACGUCCGGCCCUGCAGUUCCAUGUCCAUGCCCGUGAAGAAAGGGAGGAAGUGCUCCCGCACCCACAAGGCCUCGGAGCCGCACCGCCUGUCCUUCGCCGGCUGCAGGAGCACUCGCCUGCACAGGCCCAACUACUGCGGCGUGUGCAGGGACGGCCGCUGCUGCUCCCCUCGCCGCACGCGCACGGCCAGCGUGACCUUCGUCUGUCCCGACGGCGAGCGCUUCAGCCGCUCCGUCAUGUUCAUCCAGUCCUGCAAGUGCAGCGACGAGUGCGACCAUCUCAACGAGGUGGCCAUGUCGCCGCAGCAGUGGCUCUACGGAGACACACACAAGUUCAAGGACUAGCGCCAGCCCCCCCCCCCCAAGCCCACCUACAUUCCUUCAUUAAAGCAGGCUUUCACUCCUACCUAGAAAUAUACAUUAUAGAGUAGAUCUCCUCUCUGUAUCCACCAGUAGAAACAACCAAUGUUCACACGUCAAAGGAUGUUUUUCUGGAAGAUGAUUGUGGAAAGAAGAUUGAACAGGAUGGGCAGCAACGAGAGAAACUCCCGACUUCAUUGUAGACUGAAAGUUGUUUCUGGCCCGGAUGUUUUUUUUUUCAAAGUGCGACUAAAUCUUUGUGUAAAAUAUGGUUGCAGUCACCUGCAAGGUUUGCUUCGAUUUCCCCAACGCCGUCCCAGAACUGUGGGACAUUUGUUGGGAACAGCGGAGCCACGGCUCCCGAAUCUCACCAGCGGAUUCACUUACUGCUUUUGCUAAGGGAUAGAUAUGACCGAGCAGAUCGAAUCAGCUGGGAGCGUUUUUUGUCAGUGCAACGCCAAAAGGUGAGAACUGAUUUAAACCGAUCGAGGACUCGUGUGGAACUGACAGGACUUGGAUUGUGAGAGAAGUGGAGGAGCCUCUCGGAGGUUCUGAGAAGAAUGUGGUUUGUGUGUUUUUCAGAUAUUUAUUCACUGGUAUUUAUUGUUCAGACAUGACACAGCGGAGCUGCCACCGGGGGAGGCGGCGCCGCUAUGUUUGGAACAAACGGUGUGACUGGACCUGGACAGCUGAGAGCUGUCCAUCCCCCGGUGGGGAGGACUUGACCCCCGGGGUCAUAUCAGUCAGAGAAGCCAUAUCUAUCGAUGGAAGGCAAACCGGGGGGAAGAAGUGGAAAAAGACACGGAUGAACUUGAUGAUUUGAGGGAAUGCAGUUGGAGAGGAUAUGUUAAAGCUUGUUUACACAGCUGGACUCAUCUUCAGCCUUUGCCUCCUUGAGAAACUGAGACAUUUAGCAAAGCACCAGAAUAACAAGCAAGGGAUCUCGGCGUCGAGAAGUCGACCACCUAAUUCUGAGCAAAUUACAAUCUCCGAGGGGGCAGCGAGAGAAAAAAUCCGCCACUCUUUGGUCUGCUACGAAAAUAAAAUCUAAAAACUGCGCGUGUGCUGAGGUAAACAUGUAAUUUGUGACUUGUGGGUGGAACCGCUCUGGUGCCUAAUCUGGCCUGUAAUUGAGCAGCGUUGCAUGUCGAUGAAACAAAACAAGAACUCCUUGCCUUUUAGUGUUAAAGAGGUGUGUGUUUAUGAGAAGUGACGCGACUGGAAAGGCUGGGAACAGCUUUAAGUUACGACCGACGCUGCAAAACGGCACCAACGUAUUUAUAAAGGACACUUAAAGAGAACUGUUUUUGAUUUCUGUGGCUCAGCUCGUGUCACGACUGAAGAACCCCGGCGGUAACUGACGCUUUGUGUAGUUUGCACAACUUUAUUAAUAACCUAAUCUUGUCUCACGCACGUGUAAAACAGCUAGAAUAAGUUGUUUAGAAGUUAGUUUAGUGUUAUUGGUGACUCCAACCCAACAGAAGCAGCAUUUACUUUUAUUGCUGGUGUGCCAUUCGAUUUUGAAGCUUUCUGAUCUUGGAAAGUUGCAUCUUCUAAAGCUUUCUUGUUCUUGUAAAAAAAGCGUCUGCCACCCUACUGGCUUGUAGAGGUUUUUAAACUUUACAGGUGAUAAAAAUGUUCUGUUGGCAUUUGUGCAUGUAGAUGUGGUUAGUACUGUAUGUAUUUUUCUAAAGGGACACUGUAGAGCAGCUAUGUACAGAUGCUUUUUAACGUUUGUCGCUCCGUCUGCUGCGUAAGGGCCAAACAUUAUAGCCUAGUCCCGUAUAGGCCACGCACUGAACGAGGGAGGGUUCAGAUGUUUGAGCAUUAUGUGUGUUUGAAAGCAUGAUUGUAUGACUAGUGUACAUUAAUACCAGCUGUAUUAUA